GGAAAUUCGCGCUGGCUUUCGGAAAUCAAAGUCCGCAACUCUCCUAGAGGCGGAGAAAAGGACGAUGUCACGGCGAAAGAGAACUCAAGUUGGAUCGACUGGUGGACCAACCAAAAAACCUCGCCCAGCAGAAUCGGAAAUUAGUCACUGGCUAAUUAAGUCCGAGCCAGAGAGCCGCAUCGAAGACGGCGUCGAGAUGAGGUUCAGCAUCGAUGACUUGAUUGCGUGUCCCGAAAGCACAUCUUGCUGGGAUGGGGUCAGAAACUACCAGGCACGGAACUUCAUGCGUGACGGAAUGAAGAAAGGUCACCAGUGCUUCUUCUACCACAGCAACUGCAAGGUUCCAGGCAUUGUUGGGAUAGUGGAGGUUGUCCGUGAGUCCUAUCCAGAUCACACACAGUUCGACAAAAAGAGUGGCCAUUAUGACAAGACGAGCACUCGUGAGAAUCCCCGCUGGUGCAUGGUGGAUGUGAAGUUUGUGCGCAAGCUCACCCGCCCUGUCACUUUACCCGAGCUCAAGAAACUGCACGAGCAGCACGCGACGAGCAGCGAAAAGGGGCCUCUCGCAAACAUGGCUCUCCUCACCAGGUCUCGUCUGUCUGUGCAGCCAGUCACAGAAGAAGAAUGGAACUUCAUCCUUAGCCUUGAAGGAGCCAACGGUCCCUCGUGAACAAUGUCAAGAACAGUGGAUCUGGAUUUAGACUUGAAUUCAGAUUGUUUUUAGACAGAAUAAAGCCCGAAUCCACAAAGAAGCAUCGACAGCAACUUGGAA